UAAUUACAAUUUCAGCCUAUAAUAACUCCAAAAUAGGUAUUUUCGUUCCUCGUAAUAAUUUCAACUGCUUUGCGCAUUGCGCGUGCGGCAGACGGCGUGACUUCUGCUUUCGUUUCGUUUCCAUCAUUCCCCCCAGUUGAAAAGCGUGCACAGAAAUAAAACGUAAUGGCGAAUGCGUCUGUUCUUGAUUAAUUGAUAAUUUAUAAACUUUGAGUUAUUUAUUUGAUACUAUCAAACGUGUCUGAAAUUUCAUGACGCUCUUCUCAAGACGUAGUAUAGUAUGAAGAUUUUGUUGAACAAUUUUCAAAUCGGUAUCAAAGUUGAAAGUGCACUUAUUAUUGUGGGUGUUGCUGUUGCUACUGGUGCUGGUGCUGGUGCUGCUACUUAAUCCUAGUGAAUCAUUUGGAACGAAUACUAUCGCACGUUGUUAACAAUCGACCAUAAUCGUACUGACACAGACUUUAUGCCAUUGAAAAUCAACGAGAUAUCGCCCCUCAAUCAAGCUACAGAAAGCUCUCAUCGUUCAUGACAGCAUUAAGUGUUUACAAGAAUCAGUAAUUCAUCGAUCACCCAGCAGUUGAAUUUCUACCAAACAAUCCAUACAUGGAGUAAUUAGUAUGAGCUUUGUUUGAGCAUGAAGGUAACUGUGUGUUUUGACAAUAUCAGAGUAGUCGUACCCUGUGGAGAUGGGACGCUACUUGUCAAAGACUUGAUGCGCGAGGCAACUUUGAGAUAUAAAAAAGCAACAGGUAGAAAUGACGCAUGGCUGACAAUAAACAGUCUCUCAUCUUUGACGGGUGGAGGUUUACUUGAUCCUGACGAUAGGCUCCGCGAUGUAGCUGAUGACAGAGAACAAAUAGUUGCGCAUUUUGUCUCUGGUGAAAGUCUCCAUGCUGGGGGUGAUGGUGCCAGCUCUGUUGGGACGAACAGCCCAGAUUUCUUUCACACGGAUCAUAAAGACCAGCACUAUGUCAUCAAUGCAAGAGCUGGAACUACAUCAAGUCACAUCAAGCGGGAGAGUGCCAAAAGAUUAUCUAUGCAUUCCCUAUCAACCAAAGAACCUUCCCUCUUAACGCCUUACUCAGCUCAAUCUCUGCCACGGGAAUCACGUCGCAAAGAGCCAUUGGGCCAGGAUGCCAAAUCGUACUUUGACUUCACUGUUACAAAAAAUGAUAAUUAUCGUCUCAACGGAGCUUCUGACGUGGAAGAAGUUAUAAUAAAAAAUGAAGCUGGACCUCUGGGACUACACGUUGUUCCCUGCUAUGAUUUAUUAGGCAAUGAUCAAGGCCUCAGAGUUGAGAGGAUAGAAGCUAAUGGGCGAAUAGCCAAGGAUGGUCAGAUUGAGUUGCAUGAUAAAAUUAUCCAGAUAAAUGGUCAUAAUUUGUUGCAUGUCCCAUUCUCUAAAGUGCAGGAAAUUUUUAUGACUGCUAUGAACGAGCCUUGCCUUAAAAUAUCUGUUAUGAAAAAUAAGAAGUUAAAAAAUGACAAAAAUGCUAAGAACUACAGCAGUCAUAGUAAUGACUCCAAAACCGAGACAGAAGAAAGCUUGAAAAAGCUGCAAUGCAGUAAUUAUAACUUACUGCAAACUGCCAACACUAGAAAAAUUGGACGUAUGAUUGAAAUCGAGCUUACCAAGGGUACCAAUGGACUCGGCUUCAGUGUUACCACAAGAGAUAAUCCUGCAGGUGGUCAUUGUCCUAUUUAUAUAAAAAAUAUCCUUCCAAAAGGUGCAGCUGUUGAAGAUGGCAGACUAAAGUCAGGGGAUCGUCUCUUAGAAGUAAACAGCAUGGAAAUGACUGGAAAAAAUCAAGCAGAAGUUGUUUCUUUAUUACGAAGCAUUCCACCAGGAGGAAAAGUCAAAAUGGUCGUAUCACGACAGGAAGAGGUCACCUCUGGAACUUCAGACCCUCAAUUGAUAACUUCAUACGUACCUCGAGAAUUAACAGUGUCAUCUCAUUCUAUGGAAAGCACAGAGAGCUUUAAGUACUGGAAUACUCCUAACCGUUCCCCAACUAAAAAGAGAGAGACUGAAGAACCUGAGAAAAUUGAUUUACAUAGCUACAAUCAAUCUACAACUAAAAGCCCAAAACCUGUAGAUGACAUUGUUUUAUCUCCCCGAAAGAAUCGCAUGAUACUAACAUUAGACAUUCCUGUUCAUGAUUCUGAAAAAGCCGGGCUUGGAGUAAGCGUGAAGGGAAAGACUACGAGCACGGAUGAUAAUUCUAGUGUAGAUUUGGGAAUAUUCAUCAAGAGCGUCUUACACGGCGGGGCAGCCUCUAGGGAUGGACGAUUGCGCACGAACGAUCAGCUGCUGAAUGUUAAUGGAGUAUCCCUAUUAGGAUUAUCAAACUCUGAUGCAAUGGAGACUCUGAGACGUGCUAUGCUCAAUACCAACAGCUCUGUCACAGGCGUUAUUACCCUGACAAUUGCUAGACGGGUAUCUUCCUACGAUAUUUGCGAUAAGGUAUACAUUGAUUCCGUAGCUAAUUCGAGAUCCAAAACGAAUUUGAUUAAUAGAGUAUAUAUUGGGGAAUCUACAACAAAACUAAGCGACAAUCGCGUGAGGGAAAAAAAUGAUUUGAAUUGCCAAACAGAUGCAGUUGACAAUGGGCAGAUUAGCUCUAGCACUUCUGCAUCACCUUGGAACCCAGUUAUAGAUAGAUUAACAGAACAAUAUAACAAGAACAGUAUCAGAAAUGAAAGCUAUUGUCUUGCCACCAACAAAACCUGGAUAGACCAGAGCAAUAAGCCGCAGAAGUUAUCAGUAAUCCACAAAGAAGACUCUUUAGAAUCUGUUCUUGCCGAAGAGACUAGCCAGGAUAGAAGUCAGGGUAAAAACGAGACAAAAAAACAUCCUGACGAUAAAGACAGUCAGUAUUCCGAAGACCCCACCUACGACAGCCAGCUCUCCUUAGAGGAAUUGAAUUCCUCUGGGAAUAAGUUCUCCCGUGAUGCCUUGGGAAGACAGAGCAUGUCGGAGAAAAGACAUGCAGCACUAGAUGCAAAGAACACGGAUACAUAUAAGAGAAACAAGAAGCUCAGAGAAGGUAGAGAAGGAAAACCUGUUGUGGAACCAUCAAACCCCCAUGAGUCAUCGGAAGAUCCUCCAGCUCCAAAGAAAUCGCAGAGUGUUGAGAAUUUUGAUAAAAUCAGAGCAAAAACGAUAUCACAGGAAAGUACAUACCUUGAUGAACAGAAAAAUCGUCAAAAAAAGAUUAACAUAGAUUCGACGGAGUCCGAAUAUUUGUAUACAAUUCCUGGCCGCAACAAAUUGAUUUCUCCAAGGAAGCAUUGGCUCGUCGAUGAUGUACAGGGUGAAAUAUCCGACGCAAAUAAUUACCGAAGUGAUCACGAUGGAUUUUCAAACAGUCGAGGGGACGUGAAGCAGGCGUCAUUAAACUCUGCUCUUGAUGAUAGGUAUAAACGGUCUAGGAAAAAGGGAGGCAUUAGAUCGAUGUUAAGACUUGGAAAGAAUAGGAAGUCGCUCAAUUUUGGUGACAAUAUAGAGUCACGUCAAGAGGCUAAUAAUUAUUGCAGUGGCACUAUAAACUAUAUAGCAUGAAUAAUAUUUUUACAAAACUUGUUCAGAGUGCCUUAACACAUACCUAUUAAAAACAUUAUGUUAUAUAGUAUAUUGUACAUGUAUAUAGUUUUAUAUUCAAAUUUAAUCAGUACUAAUUUUUAAAAGGAAUAUUUCAAAAUCGAUUGGAAAUUUUUUAUUUGCAAAGCUAUUCUUUGCAGGCAGCAAAAGCAAACGCAAAAAUUUAAUUUUAUGUACAUUUAGAUGCUUAGAUAAGGACGUAAACCACCAAAAUCUUACUACGCUAUUCAAGUAAUACUGGUUGGGAUUAUUAGAGAGAAUGAAAGACAAAUUUAUUCUGUCCACUAUACAAUGAAUGCGAUCUAUUAUUGAUGAUUAUAUAUAUAUUUUUUACACUACUUAAUAGUUGCGAGAAGCUACCUCCCUACCUAUAUGUGAAAGAUGAAACACGGAAACGCAGUUUUUCAAUCAUUUUUUUUUUUUUUUUAACGCUGAUCUAUUUUUAUUUCUCUGUUGGUAGUUUCAGCUUUCAAACAGACUUGAGGAAAUUGUAAUUAUAAAAUGAAUAGUUAUAUUAUGUACAUAUAAUGAGGGAAAUGACUGAAGACAAUCAUUUUCCUAAGGUGCGAUAGGACAUAAUUUAUAGUUUUAACCGAUAUAACGUAGCCAUUCUAUGAAUACGCUGUUGUAAAAUCUUUAAAAGCAGUAUUCGAAGUAUUAUAUCCAAUAUCCGUGCAAAGUAUAAUGAUUUAUUCAAUCAAUGUACUUUUUUUCUUUUGAUGUUCUCAUGAUUUUUUCAUCACUUAUUAGCUCAAGUUUAAUUUUACGAAAUCAGUUAAUCAAUAAGUGAAGUUAGGUAUAAAAUUAAUUAGAAUAUUCAAUUGUAGCAGCUAAUUUACAUGUGACUGUAUUUCUUUUUCAAUACUAGCUCAUAUUAUGUAUUAACGAACAGUAGUUUUUUUCUUCCAAAUAUUUAAGGAAGACAUUUUGAUUAAGGUUUGAAAAUCUUUUUGAAGAUAAAUGAGUAAUCUAUCAUUUAUAAACGCUGAUUUUUCACAAUUGCGUUUUAAUAAAAUUUCAUGAAAUAUCGAUGAUAUCUGAUUACACAUUUGAUCGUUAUAAUUAUGUAUAUCGUGUGUUCAUUUAUAUCACCGUACCAAGAAAUUAGUACUCCAACAGAGUUACUUAAUUAAUAUUUAUAUAACUCAGGCUACAGACUUAAAUCGCUUUUAUCGUCUGUUGCUGAAAGAUAUUUCGAUAUGAUGGCCUUUAACGAGACAGCAGAAACUUUAGGAGUCAAAUAGAAUCCGCAUACAUGUAUAUCUAGGUACAUUAUAUAAUUUAUUAAAAAUAUUUGCUACAAUAUUUUUUCUCCACCAACUUUACUUGCAUAAUAAUGAAUUACGUUGUACUUAAUUUUAUACAGAUGUUCCAUUAUUAUUUACGCGCAAAGAAGUCUCGUCUCUCAGGAGCUCAAAAUUUUACUUGACGCAGUAUUGUUAUAAAAUAUUUCAGCUCCAUUCCAUUUGUCAAAACUUUCUCGUCAUUCCAUUACAAUCUUUCAAAAUAAACUAGUGCGGUGAAAUUUUUUCUGUAGCACAAACAUUUAUGUGACUGCAACAUAUUUUAGCUAUGUUUUUGGCGUAAUAUUUAAAAUGAUGAAAUUAUUUCCAAAUAUUGUUAAUAAAUCAAACUUACCAACUCAACGAAAUUUUUUCACUUUCUACAAACCCCCUCUCCCUAUUUUCAUUUCAUCAUCUUCUCAGGAUCAGCGUAACUUCCAAGCACUGGCUACUCAAUGAAUAAUGCAUAACUACCAUCAAAGAAAAGUUCAACAGACUUUUUUAGACACUUUAUAGACGAUUAGGAUGUCUAAUGUUCCAAAUAUUUCAGCAAAUAAUUAUCGCAGUACUUUCAGUUUUCUUUCUGUUACUACAAUUUCAGAAAAUAGAAAUUCCAGAAUCUUCGUCCUGCAGACGAUUAAAAAAUGAUUUCGUCUUGUUUCAGCUUGGUUGUUACCACCGAGACAGUUGAUUGUACAACCAAAGAGAUUCCGCGGGAAAAUAAAUAUC